ACUGGAAAAAUGAAGAACUGCUGGAAAAUUCCAGUUUUCUUCUUUGUAUGCAGUUUCCUGGUACCCUGGGCAUCUGUGGCUGUCAAGCGUCGCCCAAGGUUCCCUGUCAAUUCGAAUUCUAAUGGUGGAAAUGAACUCUGUCCAAAGAUCAGGAUUGGCCAAGAUGACUUACCAGGGUUUGACCUGAUUUCUCAGUUCCAGAUAGAUAAAGCAGCAUCUCGAAGAGCCAUCCAGAGAAUAGUUGGAUCCACUGCAUUACAAGUGGCUUACAAGUUGGGAAAUAAUGCAGACUUCAGGAUUCCAACCAGGUAUUUAUAUCCCAAUGGACUGCCUGAAGAAUACUCCUUUUUGACUACUUUUCGGAUGACUGGAAGCACACUUGAAAAGAACUGGAGCAUUUGGCAGAUUCAGGAUGCCUCAGGGAAGGAGCAAGUUGGCGUGAAGAUUAAUGGCCAAACAAAAUCUGUUGCAUUUUCAUAUAAGGGACUGGAUGGAAGUUUCCAAACAGCAGCCUUUUCGAAUUUGCCUUCCUUGUUUGAUUCCCAGUGGCAUAAGGUUAUGAUUGGUGUGGAAAGGAGCAGUGCUACUCUUUUUGUUGACUGCAACAGGAUUGAAUCCUUGCCUAUAAAGCCAAGAGGCCAAAUUGAUGUUGAUGGCUUUGCUGUGCUUGGAAAACUUGCAGAUAAUCCUCAAGUUUCUGUUCCAUUUGAACUUCAAUGGAUGCUGAUCCAUUGCGACCCCCUGCGACCCAGUAGAGAAACUUGCCAUGAGCUGCCAGCCAGGAUAAGGCCCAGCCAGACCACCGAUGAGAGAGGUCCGCCGGGCGAGCAGGGUCCUCCCGGGCCACCAGGGCCUCCCGGAGUUCCCGGCAUCGACGGCAUCGACGGUGACCGAGGUCCAAAGGGUCCCCCAGGCCCCCCGGGUCCUGCUGGAGAACCGGGACAGCCAGGAGCUCCGGGGAAGCCCGGCACGCCGGGCGCCGACGGAUUAACAGGACCUGAUGGAUCUCCUGGUUCUGUUGGACCAAGGGGACAAAAAGGAGAACCUGGUGUGCCUGGAUCUCGUGGAUUUCCAGGCCGUGGUAUUCCUGGACCGCCUGGUCCUCCUGGGACAGCAGGACUCCCUGGAGAACUUGGCCGAGUAGGACCUAUUGGUGACCCUGGGAAAAGAGGACCACCUGGCCCCCCUGGCCCCCCAGGACCCAGUGGAACAAUUGGCUUUCAUGAAGGAGAUCCACUGUGUCCCAAUUCCUGUCCACCAGGUCGCUCAGGAUAUCCAGGCAUACCAGGCAUGAGGGGUCACAAAGGGGCUAAAGGAGAAAUUGGUGAACCAGGAAGACAAGGACACAAGGGUGAAGAAGGUGACCAGGGAGAACUGGGAGAAGUUGGAGCUCAAGGACCUCCAGGAGCUCAAGGUUUGAGAGGCAUCACCGGCAUAGUUGGGGACAAAGGGGAAAAAGGUGCUCGGGGCUUAGAUGGAGAUCCUGGACCUCAGGGUCUUCCUGGUGCGCCUGGUGAUCAAGGACAGCGAGGACCUCCAGGAGAAGUGGGUCCCAAGGGAGACAGAGGGGCUCAAGGUCCUAGAGGAAUUCCUGGCCCCCCUGGGCCCAAAGGAGACACGGGCUUGCCAGGUGUGGAUGGCCGUGAUGGGAUACCUGGAAUGCCCGGAGCAAAGGGUGAACCAGGGAAAACUGGGCCUCCUGGUGAUGCAGGAUUGCAAGGGUUACCGGGUGUACCUGGACUUCCUGGUGCAAAGGGUGUUGCUGGUGAAAAGGGUAACACAGGUGCUCCAGGGAAGCCUGGCCAGUUGGGAAAUUCAGGCAAACCGGGCCAGCAGGGGCCGCCAGGAGAAGUGGGACCCCGAGGACCCCGGGGGCUUCCUGGCAGUAGAGGAGAAACAGGACCAGUGGGAUCCCCAGGCCUACCAGGUAAACGGGGUUCUUUUGGUAGCCCUGGCCUCCCUGGCUUGCCUGGGCCUCCUGGACUUCCUGGAAUGAAAGGUGACAGGGGUGUAGCUGGCGAACCUGGUCUAAAGGGUGAACAGGGUGCCUCUGGUGAAGAAGGUGAAGCAGGAAGAAGGGGUGAAUUUGGAGAUAUAGGAUUACCCGGCCCAAAGGGAUCUGUGGGUAACCCUGGGGAUCCUGGCUUGAGAGGGCCUGAAGGAAGUCAAGGGCUUCCUGGAGAGGAAGGACCAAGAGGACCACCUGGACCCCGAGGUGUGCAGGGAGAUCAGGGUGCCACCGGCCUGCCUGGUGCCCAGGGCCCUCCGGGUAGAGCACCGACGGACCAGCACAUUAAGCAGGUUUGCAUGAGAGUCAUACAAGAGCAUUUUGCUGAGAUGGCUGCUAGUCUCAAGCGUCCGGACUCUGGUGCAUCCGGCCUUCCUGGGAGUCCUGGCCCCCCUGGUCCUCCUGGUCCUCCUGGAGAGAAUGGUUUUCCAGGUCAGAUGGGAAUUCGUGGACUCCCAGGCAUUAAAGGCCCCCCUGGUGCUCUUGGUUUGAAGGGACCUAAAGGUGACUUGGGAGAAAAGGGGGAACGUGGCCCUCCAGGAAGAGGUCCCAAAGGCUUGCCUGGAGCUACAGGUCUCCCAGGUGACCCAGGCCCUGCCAGCUAUGGGAGAAAUGGCCGGGAUGGUGAGCAAGGCCCCCCAGGGGUGGCAGGAAUUCCUGGUGUGCCUGGCCCACCUGGCCCUCCUGGUCCUCCAGGUUUCUGUGAGCCAGCCUCCUGUACCAUGCAGGCUGGUCAGCGAGCAUUUAGCAAAGGGCCUGAUCAGUCAAAGGCUUAG